CUCUCCAUCAACUUAUCGUUGCGAAAGUGUUCCGAAAGCCCCGUGAAACUAUCUAUUUUCGUUAGAGUAUCCAAUGCCUGAACAAUCGGCGAUGAAUAUAUAAAAGGAACAUAUACAGUUUCGUGGGGGUAUCUUGUUGGAAAAAAGCAUUGUGUAUAAGCUCCACUAUUGUAACAUUUCCACCAACGAGUCAUAAAUAUUCGUGGACCAUGUGCAUGCAAGUUCAACGGUUUGGAUGUCGAGUUCCAGUUCCCAGUUCCCCUUGUAAGACUUGUGCUCCUAGAUCUUGUCGAAAGCCCGGAACUGGCUGCAGUCCUGGGACCUUCUGCUGUCCCCCAUCUCGCUGUAGUCCCGGAUCCUGCUCCAAAUCCUUACCCUGCUGCAAAUCAAGACCCUGCUGCAAAUCUGGAUCCUACUGCAAAUCCGGACCCUCUUGCAAAUCCGGACCCUGCUCCAAAUCCAGACCCUGCUGCAAAUCCGGACCCUGCUGCAAGUCUGGACCCUGCUGCAAAUCUGGAUCCUGCUGCAAAUCUGGAUCCUGCUGCGGACCAUGUGGACCGUGCUCGAGUGGCUGUGCCGAAUGCUCGUCCUCCUGCUGUGGGAUAUUCCCCGAAACCUGCUGUGGCCCGUGGUGUGAGUCCUGUCUGGAUCCCUCCUGGUUCUCGUGGCUAGCUCCAGAUCUCGGCCGAUCCUGCUGUUGUGCUUGCAUGACCUGUUGUCGCUCCAAGUGCUGAUGACAUACGGAUAGUGGGGCGUUGUUGUGAAAGAUUGUGGGAAGUAUCCAUAAUAACAAAUCAUUUGUAAAAAGUUUCAAAUAAAAUUUAAAAAUUGUGUACAUAAA